CGGAAGUACUUAGUUACAUAGCGAUGUUGUUACCGCAAUCAAAAGCGUUCAUAGUGYGCGCAGAUAGCAAUCGUUCAAUUUCAUCUCUUGUCGGAAGAAGAGGGGAGAUAGGACAAUGAGUGGAGGAUUCAACUUUGGACAAGCGUCCAAUACUGGAUUCAGCUUUGGAGCUCCCAAAACCACAGCUGCGCCAGCCACAGGCUUUGGGAAUGCAAGUGCUGCACCUACAACUCCAGGUGGUGGCUUCUCUUUUGGACCCCCCAAUCCUGCCCAGCCCCCAAACAGUACAAACUCAACUGGAGGAUUCAGCUUUGGGAACCCUACACAGAACAGUACUCCAGCAGGAGGAGGCUUCUCUAUUGGGACUCCCACUGCUAAACUCAAUCUGGGCACACCAGCUGCCUCUCAACCAGCACCGACAGGGCUAACUAUGGGGAUGGCAACCCCCACCUCUGGGGCAGGUUUUGGACUUGGUGGGGGUUUCACCGCACAAACCACUGCUGUUUCCACAGGAGGGGGGUUCAGCUUUGGGACCGCAGGGGGGCUUGGAGCCCCUGUUUCCCAAACUCAGGCUCAACCAGCAGCAGCUGGUGGGCUCUCUUUAGGAACUCCUGCUGCAACCGCUCAAAUGAUGGGAGGUGGGUUUAGUUUUGGUGCCGCCAAGGUCCAGGCAGCCCCUACCGUAACCGCAGGAGGGGGCUUCUCAUUUGGGAACAGCGCCCCUGCCACCCUCUCCCUGGGGAACCAGUCCACAGGUCUGAACUCUGUGGCCCUGGCCUCAACAGCUGCACCAACCACAACCCAGGGUGGAGGAUUUGCUUUUGGUGUCAAACCUUCAGCUACUCCAGCCCCUGCUGUAACUGCCUCGGCUACCCAGGCCUCAUUAGGUUCUUCUCUCUUUGCAGUACCAGCAUCAACGGCAGCAGUCACAGGUUUUCUGGGUGCUUCCCUCACCUCAGCCGCCCCGGCUGCCACAUCAGCAGCAGGAAGUACCCUGGGCUUCAUGCUCAAACCCCUGGGAGCAGUCACUGCCACCACCACAGCACCAGCUGGCACAGGUUUUUCACUGGGUAUGAAACCUGCGGGUGCCACUGGCAUUGGCACAACGGCCCCAAUCACUGGAAUAGCCACAACCAUCACUACUGUUACAGCAAGUGCUCCUCCAGUGAUGUCCUACGCCCAACUAGAGGGUCUCAUCAACAAGUGGAGUCUUGAGCUGGAGGACCAGGAGAGGCACUUCUUACAGCAGGCUACCCAGGUAAACGCCUGGGACCGCACGCUGGUGGAGAACGGAGAGAAGAUCACAUCACUGCACAGGGAGAUGGAGAAGGUGAAACUGGACCAAAGAAGGCUGGACCAGGAGCUGGACUUCAUCCUGUCACAACAGAAGGAACUGGAGGACCUACUGUCCCCGCUGGAGGAGUCUGUCAAAGAACAGAGUGGAACUAUCUACAUGCAGAAUGCCGACGAGGAACGCGAGAGAACGUACAAGCUUGCAGAGAACGUGGACGCCCAGCUGAAGAGGAUGUCCCAAGAUCUAAAGGAAAUAAUUGAACACCUGAACACAUCCUGUGGGCCAGCUGAUACCAGUGACCCGCUUCAGCAGAUCUGUAAAAUUCUCAAUGCCCACAUGGACUCUCUUCAAUGGAUUGACCAGAACUCGGUGCUUCUACAGAGAAGGGUGGAGGAUGUGUCCAAACUCUGCGACAACCGACGCAAAGAGCAGGAGAAGACUUUUCGCAUAACAUUUGGUUAACCUAGAGAAUUGUAAUGUCUCAGAAAAUAAUGUGAAUGUGCAUUAGGCUAGUUUUUAAUGCAAUGAAGAUAUUUUUGAGAGGAGUUAUGAUAAAGAUGUGCUUAAUGCAUCAAUUGUGAUAUUUAUUUAUUUAUUAUAGAAACCUACUCCAAGCUAGGGUUUUAGAUAUGAACUUCCACACGGGUGAUGAGCAAAUAAUACAUUCUAUGAGUAAAGGAACAAUUCGGCACAUAUUGUGCUCAUAUGCUUUAGGGCUCGAUUCAUUCUGUAACGUUUAAACUCAGCGCUGUAGAAAUGUAAAGGUAAUUUCAGAUUGAGCCGACAUGCAUUUACCGUGAAUGCAGUCUCUGCGACCGAUGUAGCGCAGGUCUUUAGUGCUACGGAUUAAAUUGAGCUUCAAUUAACCAACACGUGUUGCUGAACACAACACCAUAUGUAUUUAUUUGGCAGUUCAAAAAAGUAAUGAAUGCACAAUUACAUGUUUUGUUCAGUGUGAGACACUGUAUUUGUUGCGUGUCGACCAUAUCCCUCCCCCACCAGUUAUCAACUCCAUAGUAUUCAGCAUCAAAGCCUUGACUACAUUAACUCCAUAUAGAAACGUACACUAGCCUCGACAACGGCAGAUCAUAGUAAAGCUAGUCAAGUGACUAUGCAAAGCAGAACAUAAUUUGUUUCUUUCCUAAUAAAAAUACUGUGCAUAUCAUUUUGUGACAAAAAAAAUGGUGUUGGUGUCCCCUAACAGUAAAAUUAGCAUUUCAUAGAUUUUUCUAUAUCUUUUUAAAAUCAGACAACUGUCAGUCUUAAGGRAAAUAGGUUAUUCUGUAAGAAAAUGUGUUAUACAGGGUAGCAGUGCUGCUGGUAUGCAUUGGUCAGGGGUAGACCAAUGAUGUAUAUAAACCCUGGAUUGCUGAUGCUAUGUACUGGUGGCCAAUGAGAGGUUUAAGCUACCGGUCGGCCAUAUUGGCAGUCUUCAUAGGAAUGAAUAGAAUUCCACAGUAAUUCAAUGUUUCAAAGAUUACAUGUUAAGUAUUUGUUUUAGUGGUGACAGUAACAAUUUGUCUAAGAAUGCAAUGUGUGUCUGAGUGAAUGUGUAUAUGCACUAAAAUGUUAAGUUUC